GCUGGCUGCGGCGGGCGACUGCGGCCGCUGAGCGCAGGAGCGCGCCCCGCCCUGGGCGCGGGCCGACGAGAUGCGGGGCUACGCCGAGCGGCUCAUCGAGUACGCCAAGCUGGGGGACACCAACGAGCGCGCCAUGCGCAUGGCGAAUUUCUGGCUGACGGAAAAGGACCUCAUCCACAAGCUGUUCAAGGUGCUGGCACCCCGCUUCCAGCCUCAUCCCGGCAGCUACACCCGCAUGCUGCAGAUCCCCAACCGGGAUAGCCUUGACCGCGCCAAGAUGGCAGUCAUCGAGCUCAAGGGGAACCCCUACCCACCGCUCAUCCGCCCACAGCUCAACACCGAGAAGACACUGCUCAACCAGCUCCUGAAAGGCUACCGGGAGGACAUGCAGCGAGCAGCAACCCCAGAAGCCCCCGAGGGCACCCCUGUCUAGGCAUCCCCCGCUGCCCUGAGGGAGGCCCUAUGCACACACAGAGAUGGGUCUUGGCCUGAGCUGCAUGUGCACCAGACAGCUUGUUGCUGUGCUGGAGCACAGGAUGGCCCAGGAAGUCUGAAAGUUGAUUACUAAGCUUGAAUUGCCUUGAUGGGGGGCAUAAGCUCAAGGCUUACUUCUUCUGUGGUUUGAAGCAAAAGAAGGAAAUCAAGCUGAGAGCCCUCAUGGUUAACAGUUUCUGUGUAAAUAAACUGUUCAGAAAAUGUG